UUUUUCCAGUGGUUGCGUCUCCAUUUCUGAUGCUCUUCAUCCCCAUGGAUCCACAGCCGUAACCAUGGUGACGCGCGUCGAGGUCAGCUCCAUAACUUCCUUGACAGCAGUACCAGGCCUCGGGGAGAUCGCCAAGGAGGAGACCCUGAAGCGGACCUACUUCCGCCAGGCUGGUGACACCCCUGCGGCUCCCUCGGCGCUGCUCCUGGAAGGAAAGAGCCCCCUCCGUAGCCCGGCCCGCUUGCUCCCCCUGCCGAGACUCGCCCCCAAACCCUUCUCCAAGGAGGAGGCCCCGGACGUGCAGCCCCCCGGCCCACCCUCGCGGCCCAGCCUGAGCAGGCCGUCUCCUUCCUCUGGGCUCUCCCAGGACGUGGUGGCAAAGGCCCCGGGCGAGAGGAUGCCCAGCCUGGUGGGGCAGGAGGCGGCCCGCGGGGAGGGCCUGAGGAGAAGCUCGUCUCUGUUCAACAAGGCCACGUUUCUGCGGCCCAGCCCCAGCACCAUGAUUCUCUUUGAAACCACCAAAGCCGGGCCCACUCUGGGCCGCGGGGUGAGCGAGGGGGCUCAGGAGGCCGACACAGGCGUGUCUCAGGAGGCCGCCGCGGGCCCCCGGCCGGAGGUGGCCGCCAAGCCCGCCCUGCCUGCCCGGAAGCCUGUGGGGACCCUUCUCCGGCCAGUCUCCCUGUGCCAGGACACAAGGCCAGCUGCCACCCAAGAGGGGUCGGGCCCGCACGAGGCACUUUCCAAGGCCAGCGGUGUGGGGGACGUGGGGGGCCCAGGCCCGGAGCCCAGGCCUCGCCUGCGGAGAAGGCCCGUGUCGGCCAUUUUCAUCGAAUCCCUUCAGCCUCAGAAGCCGAGCUCGGGGGGAGCGGCUGCGGUGGGGAAGGCGCCCCCGACCCCUCCUGAGAAGCCGUGGGUGAGGAAGCCCCGGCCUCUGUCCGUGGACCUCACGGCCCGGUUCGAGAGCAGAGAGGCCUUGCUGAGGAAGGUGGCCGACGAGGCCACCACGGGGCCCCCCGCCCAGCGCCGGGGGCCGGAGCGGUCCGACUCUGAGCCCAGAGUGGAUGGGAAGUGUGUGGGCAAAGCACAGGUUCUCCUUCUUGGCCCGGAGUCGGACUCCCUGGAGGUGGAUGCAAAGGUCCACGCACGGAAGGAGAAGAUACUUUUUAAGCAGGUGGAGAUGGGUGGCCUCAGGCCCCCCGGGGGCACAGCCAGGGUCACCCCCACAGACGGCCAGAAUCUCGGGGAGGAGAGAGCCAAGCCGGACGGGGAGUUGGAGAAGGCGCCCAAGUCCCCUUCGCCCAGGCCGGGGAAAGGCCCAGAAUUUGCUGACGGGGAGGGCCUGGCGCGGGGAGAGUGGAAAUCCAGGGGCAGCCUCACGAAGUGCAUCAGCCUCUUUGGGGAGGAGAACGCCUUGGCCUCGGCAGCGGGGUCCGAACCUCCGCUGGCCACUCCUGAGUCCCCCUCGGUCACACCAGAGCUGGAGACAGCGGGGGUGAGCGUCCAGGAGCGGAUCAAGGGCUGGGCCGCCGAGAGCACCGAGGCAAAGCCGGAGAUCAGGAAGAGGGUGUUCCAGGCCCGGCCGCUGUCCGCGGAUCUGACCAAACUGUUUUCAAGUCCAGCUUCAGGCAACGAGAAGUGUUCGGAGCUGAGUGGCGAGCUCUCUAAGGAACCCAGAGAAAAGCAAAAGGAAGGGCCGGAUUUGGACGGAGCAUCUGUGCCGAGAAGCCCCUGGAAGCCUGGGACGCCCCGGGAGAAGUCCAGGCAGACGGAGCGGAAGGACAGCUCUCACCAAGUUCCCGACAGCUCUCGAGGAGAAAGCUCGCUGAGGGCUCGUGGGUCUUCUGACAGCACUCCAGAGGAUGACGGAAGCUUCCAGACCGUGUGGGCCACGGUGUUUGAGCAUCAUGUGGAGAGACACACUGUGGCUGACCAGUCAGGACGCUACCCCUCGGCCAAGCCCUCUGGUGAUGUGCCCGAGGCCCAGGUCUCGGAGCUCAGACCCAAGUCCGAGAGGAGCUUGUGGCUGGGGAAGGACCUACCGGAAAAGACAAACCUUAGGAAGGAGAACUCCAGGUGGUCUGAGAAUCCUGCCACAGAGAAAUUGGGACAGGCCGCCCUCUCCAAUGGGGAGCCCACACAGCACCACACGGGCCUCCCGGAGAAAUACCCUUUGGGUGCAAAACGCUAUGAGACCCCCUUCCUCCAGCGCUCGGAAAACCCUCCCACAGCCCAGAGGGUUGAGCCCAAGUAUGACAUCGUGCACGCAGUGGGGGAGCGCGCGCACAGUGAGGCCGUCUCCACGGCGCCCGAGGAGAAAGCCGUGACGCUCCGAAGUAGCAGGUCCCGGCUCUCACUGAAGGGGGGGCAGCUGUCCCACGAGGUCACCCCUGCCGACCCAGAGUGCAGGCUGGACGGUCAGGCGGGGUCCGUCCACAGGGCCAGUUUGAUUUGGGAAGCUCGAGGGACGCAGGAGGUCAGUGGGCCCAAGCCUGACUUCCGAGAACCAAAGGACACGUUUGGGGGCAAUUCCCUGUCGCCCAAGUGGACAGGUGGGGUGACCGUGAACUGGCAUAAAGCCACUCUGGUGGUCACUGACGAGAAAGGCUCGGCAGUGAGCCCCGAGGUCGCCAGCCAGCACUCGGCCGGGCCCUGCGGCCCUGAGGCCACCUCUGGGAGGGCCGUCCAGGCUGCCGUCCGGGAGGCCCAGCACCAGGGGCCCGAAGGGGCUGGAAACAAGCCGGGAGGCUGCGUUUCAGCAGGAGAGAGGGGUCCCCCCCGGGGGUUCCCUCUGGAUCCUCCUUCCAGGAUGAAGGACGAGCCCCCUGACUCCCGCGCACGGCCACAUCCAGACGUGCAGAAAGGGCCCCUCGUGGCCGCCGGCGAGGGCAAACCGAGGCCACCAGCCCAGGCGCCAGAGCCUGAGGCCAAGAUGCGGAAGGCGAGUCCCACGGACCAGAGAUUUGAGAGGUGGAGGCGGCGGACUUUACCCCACGACGUGAAGUUUGAUGACUUCAACUUCCUCCCCCCAGAACACUCUUCGAAGGUGGAGCAGAGACGCACAGACUAUUUGAGCCCCACCGCCGGUGCCUUAAGAAAACCUCAACUCGCCCACAGUCGGGUGGAGACCCAGGAGGUGAACCCAGGUCUUUCACAGGACCGGACUCUUCUGGCCGUGAAGCAAGGGUCGUCUGUGGAACCCAAGGCGACAUUUUUUGCGGUGACGUAUCAGAUUCCUGAUACUCAAAAAGCAAAGAGUGUUGUUAAACCAGGGCCCGAAAAUUUGAUGGAACAUUCUAGAAAAAUAACUCCGCCUCCAUCACCUCAUCCUUUAAUGUCGACUGUGGGUUCUCUUAACCACGAAGAGCCGCUGGAGACAGUGGGUGGUAAAAACUGGGCUAAGGGCAGAGAGCGUGACAGUGCAAGCUUUUCAAAACCCGUGAAGCCAACACACCGCCCGUCAUUUCUCGGGGACAGUGUUCUGGAUUCUUCUAGUGAAAGAGUCAUCGAUGCUGAUGCGUUAUGGACUUAUCGGGGGCCAGAAAACGGCGCUGGUUCUCAGAACUAUUGGAGGGACGGCGAGAACAAGACAUCCGCCAGCAGUGCUCCCAAAACGACCCCGACUUUCAAAAGUCAUCCAAGAGCUGGGGAUCUCCUCGUCAGAAGGAAGACAGAGGUGCUCAGCGAGACGUUCCCGGGUAAAAGCAAAGAUGGCUACAGGUCGAGCGUUCUCGACAUUGACGCCCUGAUGGCGGAGUACAGGAAGCAGGAGGCUCAGGAGGAGAUGGGGGGUCCGCCCGCAGAGCCCACCGGCUCCUCUCAGGAGAGGCCAGGCCAGCAAGGCGUGGUGGAACCGAGAAGGAGGAGCCCGAAGGAGGGUCUCCACAAACAAGCCAGCUUUGCUGAAACAAACCGCAUUUCCACUCCCGGCUCGGGCAGGCCGCCGGCAGAGACCCCGGGGGCAGCCACAAACACCAAGUUCAGCCCUCCUCUGUGGGCUCUGCCGCAGUCGGCUCCUUCUGAAAAAUAUACGGAGGCCUCUUCUGGCCCUGGGGGUCCCAGGAAGAAAGUCUCAGGAAUUGCCGAGGAUGAAAUAAAGGCCCUUGCGGGUAGACAUCACGGUGCAAAGUGUCAGACUCCCCCGGCCGAGUCGAAGCCCACCGCCUGGGAGGAUCCGGGCGGUGGAGCCAGCAUGGUGUCCAGAUCCUCCCCCACUGACCAGAAGAAAGGGGCCCCGAGGAAAUCCAUCUCGAGGGGAGAGGAGGGCAGUGUGGUCCAGUGGGGAGACCACCCGCGAGACUGUGGAAGGUCACCACUGGAUGUCAAGAGGGCCUAUUCGGACAACGGCCCCCCUGUCAAAAUCCGAGAGGGCCUGUCCAUCAUGCAGGAAGCCAGAGAGAGGAGGCGAGAGCAGCCCAAAGGGAGGUCCAGCCUCCCCGGGGAGAGUUCCAAGGCCACAGAGACCAAAAUGGGGCCCCAUCGACGGGAGUCGGGGACUCGAGACAGUCAAAAGGUGCCACCGCAGGACCCGGGGAGGGAGGAUGCCCUCCAGGACAAUGAGCAGGCGCUGUGGCCCGUGUCCCCUGGGGCCUCGGGCCCCCAGAGAAGCCACAGCUUCUGCAAGGACAGGAGGAGCGGGCCCCUCGUGGACCAGCUGAAGCAGUGUUUCUCCAGGCGGCCGCCCGAGCCCAGGGACACCGACACCCUCGUGCAGGAGGCCGACAGCCAGUACGGGACGUGGACGGACCCGCGCCAGAGCGGGGAGAGCUUGGCCCCCGAGUCCCCGUCCCCGUCCCCGGACAGCAGUGCCGCGUCAGCAUGGAAACAGCCCCCCAGCAGCCGCUUGUCCUCACUGUCCUCCCAGACGGAGGCCACCUCGGCCGGGGACCAGCACGACUGCUCCAGAGACCGGCGCAGCACCAGCGCGGACCGCUCCAGCACUGACCUGGAGUCCACCGACGGGACGGACGGGCCACCCCCACCGGACGCCUGCCCUGCCAAGAGAGCGGACGACUUCUCCUUCAUCGAUCAAACCUCAGUCCUCGACUCAAGUGCCCUCAAGACCCGGGUGCAGCUCAGCAAGAAAAGCCGCCGCCGGGCUCCCAUCUCCCACUCCCUCCGGCGCAGCCGAGUCAGCGAGUCGGAGAGCAGGUCUCCUUUGGAGGAGGAGGCUGACAGCACGUGGAUGUUCAAGGACUCAACAGAAGAGAAGUCCCCCAGGAGGGAAGAGUCAGAUGAGGAGGAGAAGCCGUCCAGGGCUGAGAGGACCCCGGUCAGCCAUCCCCAGAGGAUUCCCGUGUUUCCAGGCAUGGACCCAGCAGUGCUAAAGGCUCAGCUGCACAAGAGGCCAGAGGCGGACGGUCCCGGCGAGACCCCCGGCUGGGCCCCCCAGCCCAAAACCCCCAAGUCCCCCUUCCAGCCUGGGGUGCUGGGCAGUCGCGUGCUGCCCACCAGCGUGGAGAAGGAUGAGAGAUCAGAAGAGCCCUCUCCCCAGUGGCUAAAGGAGCUGAAGUCGAAGAAGAGGCAAAGCCUGUAUGAGAAUCUGGCUUGAGCAGGGGACACUGCCACGUCUAAUGAACAGAAGCCUUAACUGUCAGAACCCCAGACGAGGCCACGCUGCUGCCGUUGCUUCCUGCACUCUGGUUCCCCGCGGGGCCCUUCUGGUCGGGUGGAGAACGCUGUCCAGUGCCCCCCGAGGGCUCUCCCCCGCAGGAUCGGGGCGAGAAGGCUCACCUCCACAGGCACGUCUCCCCGGACAGCCCUUCAGGCCGGGAAAGAAGCCACACUGCCCAGAAACGUCCACGCUUGCGGUUUUGUUUUUACGUAAAAACGUGCAUUUCUACCCACUUCAGACACCUGCAGCAGCUCCAGGAACACAGAUGUGAGGCUGGACCAUCUCCCCGGAUUCUGGAAAACACCUGAAUUGUGAAAGCAUCCCUUCCUCUCGCCCCAGGGUGGGACUUUUUCAAAAGGACGUUUCCAAGGAGGAAGAAACCGUUCGUUGCCUGCUGUAAUUGUGGUCCAAGGCAGGACCACCCGGUUGGGGGUUUUGACAGCUUUUUUGGCGAAUUCCAUCUCCCUCUCGAAGAAUCGGCAGUUCUGAUUUUUAAACAUACCCACCCUCAUUCUUUCAAGUGUAUUUUUCCUUCCAGCAGGGCUGUGUGCACAGUCGACCUGUUUCAUCGUAUGUCACUUUUGUUUGCUUUAGAAGGUGAUAAAGCAAUAAUUCCGCCACUUUUCUUUGAAAUUCGAUAUGUAUAUACGUUUUUACGUUAAAGAACAGGAGGAAGGAUGUGUGAAUAGUUUGUUCGAAAUAUCCGAUCAUCUCAGGUUAUCUUAUCUCGAUCCAAGCUUUUUAAAAAAUUCUGAUUGUCACCCUUGUAUAUACUUUCCUGGUUUCUUUUCAUUUGAGCUCUGAUUUCUGUGGAGUGACCUUUGUCCCUUGGCCUCAAGGAUUCAUAAACUGCAGCCCAAAUGGCAGUGCCUUUCCAACUCAAACAUCAGACCCGACCCGAGCAUCUUUUUCUCCAGAGUCUUUUUUGGACAGCUCCUGAGCUACUGGCCUGGAAGAACCAUUCCAGAUUGGCUUCAGAACAAAUGCAUGAAUGAGGGUCCUUUUGUUUCUUGUCACUUCUUCCUGCUCCAACCCCGGCCCCGCAAACUCCACCUGACCAAGUGCUUUUUUUAGGUCCAAAUGCAGGAAGGGAGAGUCUUGCUAAAAGCCCUUCUCUGGAGGGGUCCCCCAGGCCCGGGGGCUCUGGACAAAAGUGCUGGAUGCUAGGUGACGAAGUGUAAGGUUCGCCUUGUCUCUUUUUCUCUUGCCAGCUCUAAGCUGCUUCCCAGGAAUCUCCAAGACCCUUCGGGGCCCCAGACACUCUCUACUCUGUCCUUCUUUUAGGAAAUCCUCCACCUCUGAAGCCCAAGUCUCCAGCAGACAUCCCAGAUAUGCUUGGCUGGCCACCUGCCAUGCCUGGAGUUGCCAUACUCUUUGUGCCAACCUAGCCUAGGAGAUGCCCAUUGGUGAGAUGCUUGGGCAGUUCAUAGGGCAGCCUGUGAUUGCUAAGGGGCCCUGGGGCUGAGUUUCCUAAUGGAUCCAUGCACAGCACUGGCUAGAUAUGGAAGUAGGGGGGCACAUGCAUGACCCCCUACCUCCCCCUAGGUUCCCAAGAGGUAAAAAUCUCUCUUGAUCAAUCCAUUAUCUGCAAAUGGUGUCAAAACAUACCUCCUUCCUCUCUGGCCACCUCUCCAAGAGUCUCCAUUUGUCUCCUCUUCUCUUCUUGCCCCCUUAUUUCCUUUUACCACCUCUUCCCUCUCUUGGGAAUGGGGUGGGAGUGGAGAGUAAUCCUGUUUCUCCAGGUUAAGACAAACAUCUGUGCCCCGCGUGGUUGUGGUUCAGCACCACGGACAGUGGCCGCAGGGCCCCUCCCUCCCUGAGUCCUGUUGGCUGACCGUGGGCUGCUGAUGGGCAGUUGUUGGACCCUGUCGCCUGCCCAACCUGGUGCGUCUGGAAACCUCAUGCAUCUGUGUCUGGAGGUUUGGCCAUUAAUAGUUUGUAUUUCUUCAUUCCCUGAGUGAGUGGUCAGUCAGUUCCCUGUGGCCAUUUGGGGAUUUAAUUCCUCCAGGAACUGCUUCCCUUGACUUUUUUUUUUUUUAAGAUCAAGUUCAUCUUUUAUACCAGUUUUGGUGCAGUGGAUUUCCAGCUCAAUCAGCCCCCUUCAAAGACGCUCCUAGUGUGUUUUGACCCUGACUUCUUUUCUUGGCUGCUGUCUUUCUUCGUCUUUCUCAAGGUGGGAAGGGUACCAUCUUGGGCAGUAAGAAUGACCUGCUCUGUUUGGGGAGUAUAUCGAUACUCACCAUGCAGGACUCUCGGUUCUGAAUUCCUCAUGUUUUAGCCCAAGUAUACCCGACAGGCAAGAAAAAACGCUUGAAAAUGAGAUUGACCUGGAGAUCUUUUGCCUACACUCCCACACCUUGACUGGAAAUAAAAAUCCAUCUAGUUCCUUGGUGAUUCGGACAUACCAAGACCGCCCCUUGAAACUGACCAGGGCAGCCUCAUCUCUCCCCCACAGAACAGACAAUCCCCGUGGGCCAGAGCAACGCCCUUAAUGCAGGCUCCCCGUGACCUCUGGAUCCGCCAUGGUCAGUGCAGUGAAGUUAGACGUGGCUGCUCCCUGGGGCCUCUGCGGGUGGCUGGGCGAGUGGGUUAGUUAUUUCUCCUUUUCGUAAACUGAGUGAGCUGUUUGGGGCUAAGCAAGUGGUUGUGUGCUAGUUUCUCGAGUUUGCCUGGAGCCACCUUUGGAAAUCUGUCUCCUUUUAAACUAACUUAAUAUGCCUUAAUCAUUUGUAUGGAAUCAAGUCACCUGCCCUCAUCCAGCACUCCUCCUGUGGGCCUUUGGCUCUUAAAUGAGAGUCUUACACAAAAUGCAAAUUCCUACGUAUGUGCAAUCUCUCUCUCUCUCUCCGCGCGCGCGCGCACACGCACACACACCCCCUUUGCACGUCAGCAUUUUGUCGGCUGGUUUUUGGACACAUCUGUCUCUCUUUCCCCUCCAGCAGAUCCCUUCUUCAUGGUCCCUUGCCUAAUGAAACAGGCCUUAGGCCUGUGAAAUUCCACGGCAAGACCUCAAGAAUCAGUGUGUGGAGAGUCCCUCAGUGCCACCAGAGAAAUGCUGGUGAAGAAGAAACCUCACGGUGUGUGGGAUGUUGGAGUGACACGGACCUGACAGCUUUGGAUUGUCUAGGAUCCGGGGAGGGGACAAUCUGAUGGGGAUGUUUUCCAGGGGGACAAGUCAAGUCGUAUACUUUCAGACAAAUGUGUUUUCAUUUGUGCAUCUGGUGAGUGCGGCCAACUCUAGGUGUUGCUAAAGAGGAGAAUAGAAACAGGCAUAAACCAGAGAUCCCAAAGCUUAGAGGCUGUGCAAGGGUUUGGAAGAACCCUUGGCGUGAGUUCGCUAAAGGGGACCUCAGCUGCCCACACCUGGUACUGAUAGCUGCCUUGUCCAUUUACGCUUUUAUAUGUUCCAUCAUGAUGCCCCCAGACUGGCCCAGGAGCUGGGCAUAAUUACAAAGCUAAAAAAUCCACAAGUGCGUGGUCGGAUCACCUCUGACACUAAAAGCUUUCUUAAAGGUGACGGGGGCCUGCACAGAAGACAGCCUCCCAGCCUAGGAGAUGAGGAGGCGGCCCUCCAGCCUGCCUCUCCCUCGUCGGUCUCUGCUUCUCCCUGUCUGUGCCUGUGGUCCCUCCCACACAGCCCUGUGCCGUGAUACAGGAAGCUAGGUUACUGCUGCCUUUGUGUACACUAGCAUUUCAGUGUACACAGAGCCCAAGGGGAGAUGGGGAGGCGGGAGAAGAGCUCUCUCCAAGGGGAAAUGUCCUCCCCGUCAUUGGAGCCGUGGUGGGUCACCACAGUAGUGGAGAAACGUGUAGCCUCUGCGUGUGCCUCUCCUCCUCCGCCAUGUGUUAAAACAGGGAAGCACAAGUCCCAGGACACCGUGAGUCGUGGGGCGGGAGGGUGCCCCUGAGGCAGGCAUGACCCACUCCACAUCUGGAAGGGGGUCUACUUUGAGCUCAAGGCUCAUCCCCUUAGGGAGUGGUGCCUCCAAGCUCUAUGCUGAGAAGAUGCUGGGAGUCACCCCGUUGGAAUUCUGGGCAAGCUGGAGUUCUGGAAAUGUGCCGCCACGUAGAGUGCCAGUAGGCAUGAAUGUGCUGGGUCUUGGCCAGUCUGUGUCUCCUUUUGCCCCUCCAGCCCUCCAGAGAUUUCUUUCUUUUGUCUGAGUUGGUUCCUGCGGGGAGCAGGGCAGAAAGCCGGGUUCUGGAAACUCAGCCUGAGGUUUCUGGCCAGUUAACCUCCCAGCCUCUCCCCCUUGCCCUUCCAGAAUCUCCUUAAAUAGUCACCCUCACACCUGGUGCCGUAACAUCUUCUUCCACGAAUCAGACUGGCACUUUUUUGACAAUCUCCGGUGGUGUUACACCUGCUAAGAAAAUUAUGCCGUUGUCUAAAGAAGAAUUUGAGCUUUUUAAUGCUCUCUUUCCGCAUAGCCUUAUAGAUCCUGUAAAUAAGGGGCUCACAAAAGUAAUAUAUUGUAUUAUGGAAGGUAUUUUGUACUGUGUUGUUUCCUAAAUCAUCCCAAUAUCCUAGAAGUCAGGAACUUCCCAGAUGAUUAUGAUCCUCAAAACGCUUUGUAAGAUGGAGGGAGUGGAAAUAGACAUAAAUAUACUAUGUGUUUUCCUAACCUCCCUUCCUCAGAUAUCUGAGUCACGACAGAGAAGGACCCAAGUCCUGUGUAGGAAAGUUGAGUCUCCUGCCUGCUGGCGUUCUUGCAGUUGCCUUAUGAGUUCACCAACUCUAGGACUUCUGGACAGAAGGCGGACGAGAGGCGCUUUAUCCAACCCCAGAAGGCAUCUCUCCUCGCGUGACUGACAAUUCAUCUAGAAAAACCUAUAUUUUUAACGUUAAAACAAACGGGGCUUGCUGGACCUCACAGAGUAUCGGAUGUCUACAAGUGCUUUUAUAUUUUGUGACUGUAAAGAGGUUUCCUACGCACCGAAGAGCAGUUGGGAAUCUGGCUGACUGCUGUACAAUAAGAUGGCCUUUGCAUGUGCAAAGAUGUCGCAUUCAGACUCUGAAAGCAGCAAAUAAAGCUUUGAUGCAAGUUGCGUUGGA